AACGCUUUAGUGUUAGUGUUAGCACUGUACAGAGAAGCACCUCCCUCAUCGAGAGAGAGAGAGAGAGAGAGAGAGAGAGAGAGAGAGAGAGAGAGAGAGAGAAUGAAAGGGAAGACAUCCAGCACUCGUAACGAUCAGACACUGAGAACUGUAAAAGACAGGCAUAGCGAUGAUUGAGCUAGGCCCUACGGAGGACGGCGGCAGCUACGUAGAGGAGCUGAUGGAGCUCACGGCACAGAGUCUGAGUCACCUUGAGAUUAAAGAGCACUUCAACAUCAUCAAGGAGAUCGGCCGCGGCAAAUACGGCCGUGUGCUGCUGGUUACUCACCGCUGCAAGGGGACACCCAUGGCACUGAAGGUCCUGCCCAAAGCGUCAACCAAACUGAAGGGAUUCCUGCGUGAGUACUGUAUCUCGCUCCGUCUUUCCUCUCACCCGUGCAUUGUGGGGCUUUUCGGAAUCGCCUUCCAGUCUGAUGAACACUACGGAUUUGCUCAAGAGCUGGUCGUCGGCCGCGACCUGUUCGCUAUCAUCAAACCAAGGGUUGGGAUUUCUGAGUGUGUUGUAAAGCGCUGUGCAGUACAGAUCGCCAGUGCCUUGGAGUUCAUCCACCGCCUAGACCUGGUGCACCGCGACAUAAAGCCUGAGAAUGUGCUGCUUCUGGACACCCAGUGUCGCCAUGUGAAGCUGGCUGACUUUGGCUUGACACAGAAGCGUGGCACUCUCAUCCGCUUCAUCUCAAGCACGCUGCCUUACAUGGCCCCAGAGCUGUGCGCCAUGGUGCUGGAAGCCGGCCAGGAAACUCCUAAAGCGCCACCGCUCAGCAUAACGCCCAGCCUGGACACCUGGGCCUUUGGUGUGCUGCUUUUCUGCAUCCUUACAGGAUUCUUUCCCUGGGAAUACUGCACAAGCGAUGACUGCUUCUACGAGGAGUUUGCCGAGUGGCGGCAAAAGACAGAGACGACAGAAAUCCCAUCACAGUGGAAGAGAUUCACGCCAGCCUGUAUGGAGAUGUUUUCCAAGCUGCUGGCGCUGGAGCCUAACGACAGAUCCACAGCUGAUGUGGUGAAAGGGUAUGUUGGAAAGGACUGGGUGAGGCCAAAAUGCCCAAAUGGACUGGUGGGUGAAAGUGGAGGAAUAAGCAGCAUGUCAGCACUGAGCAGCCCUUGCCGUAGUAGCCCUGUUCUCCAGUAAUGAUUCAUGUGACAUUCCAACAUAGUCUCAUUAAAAAAAAAAAGUCAGGGUGAGGGGUGGAGAUUUGGGUCGUACCUAUUGGUUCAACUUUUUUUUUUUUUUUAACUCAAAUGCACCUUUUUCACUAGAAGGGUUUUUACCAAGAGAGAUAAUAACACCAUUUAAACAAUUAACUAAGCUUUGAAAUUGUAAAAAACAAAAUUUAAAUAAGGCCAUCUUUAAAAAUAUUCUUGUUUGCCGUAACCCGACUGACCCUGUCAAUUUAGGACCGACUCAAUUUUUUAUUUUUAUUUCUUGCUUUAAGUCCGACCGACUUGGCGGUUGUAAAUUUGCGUUAAGACCGACCAAUUUUUUUUUUUACUCUUCAAACAACUAAUACGAAAGCAAUAAAAUAAUAUUAACGGGUUCGGACACCAUAAUACAUCUAAAAAAAAUCAGUAAAACAGCUCGACACCGCUUUAACUUGGUACAAAGUUCUGGAAAAACUGUGUCCAGCAUCAAAAUGAGGUUUGCAAUGAUGCGCACGAAGGCACGGGUUGAAGACCCAGUCAGUGACGUCACGAUAUGCUAAUUUGUUUAAAGUCAUACCUACGUAAUAACCAUCACCAAAAUUGUACUUUUUUUUACAUUGAAACUUGAAAAAAAAUAUAGACCUACCUACCGACCCUUUUUUUUGUUUGUUUUUACUGUUACUGCAAACCAAAAUAUUUUUAAGGAUGGCCUAAACUACAGUUUGUGUGCUGAUAUUGUAAUUCAAGCCAAAAAUUCUGUCUGAAAAAAAAAAAAUUAUGUCAUAAUUUUGCCAUUUAUGUGUAGCAGAGUUAGUGCAUGCUGUGAAAAACAAACAUCUUUCCUACUUUGCUAUGUUUCUUAAGCUUACUCUGGAAAAAGCAUGAUAAUGUAUAGUCUUCAGUGCAUGAAUAGGUUUAUAUACUGUAUAAUUGCCCUACUAAAGUUUUAUUAUACUGUCGCCUUUGUAUCAAACAAUAAACAUUAGCGACUGACGUUGAAAA